CUGGUGCGCCUCUUCACGCACACGGAGCGUAUUGCGCCCAUUAUCAAGGCCUUGGCCGAUCAUGAAAUUUCGAAUCUGACCGAUCCCACGACCAUUUUCCGUGGMAACACACUCGUCUCCAAGAUGAUGGAUGAGGCCAUGAGGCUAUCGGGUCUUCACUAUCUACACCAGACGCUACGUCCGGUGCUGUCGCAAAUUGUGGCCGAGAAGAAACCAUGCGAAAUCGAUCCCAGUAAGGUGAAGGAUCGCUCGGCUGUUGACACCAAUCUGCACAAUCUCAAGGAUUAUGUGGAGCGUGUAUUCGAGGCUAUCACUAAGAGUGCAGAGCGUUGUCCCAAGGUCCUCUGUCAGAUCUUUCACGAUCUGCGCGAAUGCGCAGGCAAACAUUUCCCACGCAACCGCGAGGUGCGCUACUCGGUGGUCUCUGGCUUCAUAUUUCUAAGAUUCUUUGCGCCCGCCAUACUGGGUCCCAAGCUGUUUGACCUGACCACAGAGCGACUGGAUGCCCAAACAAAUCGCACGCUGACACUYAUCUCCAAGACGAUACAGUCGCUGGGCAAUUUGGUCAGUUCACGAUCGUCGCAGCAACCCUGCAAGGAGGAGUACACCGGGGAGCUGUACAAGAAGUUCUGCACAGAGAAGCACGUGGAUGCGGUCAAGCACUUUCUCGAGGUUAUCUCCACGCCAAACGCCUGUGACACGCCCAGCAAGCAGUUGCAAUCAAUGCCGCAGUUGCCAUUAGAACCAGUAUUACUAAAGGAGGGGUAAGUUUUAUCUGAAAUUGAUUAA